CUGUGAUUUUCAAAUACUGAGAGCUGUUCAACUGCAUGUAAAUAAACAGUCAUUUAAAAAUAAGCCUAGACACAUUCCAAAAUUAAUAUAUGGUUCCAGUUUUACUCUGAAGGAGUUAGGUGUCAUGCAUCAGAAUUUAAUAAAAAAAACAAUGAAGAAUUUGCUUAUUAGUGUAGCACGUUUCGGGAUAAGGUUUGAAAAAUGACUUCAUCCAAUAAUAAUAAAUGUUAUCACAAUGCCAGGAGGGAAUGUUCCCCACUUUGUAAAUUUGCUUGUAGGAAGGAGUCAGAAGGUUUGUGGAUUCAAUAUACUUGUUGCUGACUUUGUCUUUUUCUCAAAACAAAUCCAGAGUCACAGAUCAACAAAGAGCCCUCUAACAUGUAGGAUACCAAACAGUUUGUUCUCGGUUUAUUUGUGCUUGAAUGUUUGUCUUAUAUUAGUACCUUUGCUUUCCAGGAUAGAUCAUUGUAGAGAGGACACUAAGUGGCUCCUAGUAUUAAGAAGUUACUCCCACCCAUCUGUCUCUAGCACCUAGAGUAUGAUCUACACUUGAACAUGUAGAGUGGAUUAAUAGCUGUUAUUCCAUUCCCCCCCCCCCCCCCUCGCCCCCCAAUACACACGCAUAUGCUUGUCUCAUCUGAAGUAGUCUCAGAGUGAUGGAUUGUACGUUCACACAUCUACCAGCCCAUGCUUCAUUAAGCACUCAUUCCUUCAGUUCCUGUUUACAGCUUGGUUGCUAAGCAGUGACAUCACACCGUCUCCUCCCCUCUUCCUCACACAUGUACACACACACACACACACACACACUCUGCGCGCAAACGCUCAUACUCCCUCAUCAGGGCUCAGACACAGGAGCUGUUCAGAGCAGCCAGUGCUGAAUGCAGGCAGACAGCAUGCUCAGAGUUUGCCAGGCAGACAGAGCAUAAGACUGGCAUUCUCCAUGUAGUCCUGCUUGGGCUAGGGGGAUUUUUUUUUUUUGAAUGGGGGGGUAAAACUUGAUACGCUGGCUGAAACUGGGUUUUUAUUGCACCUGGUGAACAAGGAACAGGAUAAAGUUUGAUAACCACUCUGUGGUGUUGCAGUUGGCUGUAUCUCUGGGAUUUUUAACUCUUCUUUUUUUUUUUUUUGGUUCUCCUUCCAUUCCUCUGGGUUUGGGCUGUCAGACGAAGGGUGCAUGCAUGACACUCCGCAAAGGAGAAAAGACGACCAUUAGCAUCCAGGAGCACAUGGCGAUCGAUGUCUGCCCCGGUCCCAUUCAGCCAAUCAAGCAGAUCUCUGACUAUUUUCCCCGCUUCCCGCGGGGUCUUCCCCCCACAGUGACCCCUGCCAUCAGCCGCACCAGUUCGCUGCGCUCAUCAGCCAGUCAACCUUCAUCAACAGCCCCUUCGGAUGCCUCCCGAGAGGAUGAAGAUGUGGACAAGGUGUUUGGAGCAGCAGCGGCAGCUGCCAUGCCUGGGAAAAAGGAAGAAGAGCCAGAGGUUGAGGGCUACGACUCCGAUGACUCCACCACCCUGGGGACACUGGAUUUCAGCCUGCUGUAUGACCAGGAAAACAACGCACUCCACUGCAGCAUUAAUAAGGCUAAGGGCCUCAAGCCAAUGGACCACAAUGGGCUAGCAGACCCCUAUGUCAAGCUGCACCUGCUCCCUGGAGCCAGCAAGGCAAAUAAACUACGGACAAAAACUCUUCGAAACACGCUGCACCCAGUAUGGAAUGAAACACUUACAUAUUAUGGUAUCACAGAUGAGGAUAUGGUCCGCAAAACCCUCAGGAUCUCUGUUUGUGAUGAGGACAAGUUCCGUCACAAUGAAUUCAUAGGAGAGACCCGGAUUCCCCUGAAGAAGCUAAAACCCAACCAGACCAAAAAUUUCAACAUCUGCCUGGAGAAGCAAUUGCCGGUUGACAAGACAGAGGACAAGUCUCUGGAGGAGCGAGGACGGAUCAUGAUCUCCUUGAAGUACAGCUCCCAGAAGUCAGGGUUGAUUGUUGGAAUCCUGCGCUGUGCACACCUGGCAGCUAUGGAUGCUAAUGGCUUCUCUGAUCCAUAUGUCAAAACGUAUCUGAAACCAGAUGUGGAGAAGAAGUCAAAGCACAAAACAGCCGUGAAAAAGAAGACCCUGAAUCCAGAGUUUAAUGAGGAGUUCUUCUAUGAAAUCAAACAUGCUGACCUCACCAAGAAGACUCUUGAAGUAACUGUAUGGGAUUAUGACAUUGGGAAGUCUAAUGACUUUAUAGGUGGAGUGACCCUGGGGAUCAACGCCAAGGGUGAGCGGCUGAAGCACUGGUUUGACUGCCUCAAAAAUAAGGACAAAAAAAUUGAGCGCUGGCACACCCUGACUAAUGAACUUCCAGGGUCGGCUUUCAGUGACUGAGGCUCUGCCCCCUCACCUGCAAGGGAAACCCUUGGGUAGAAGGGGGCCUGACUGACACCAGCACCCUGCCACAUUCAUGCAGGAGACACAUUUUGUUUGAAUUUCUUACAAUUAAUGUUUACAGAAAAAAAAAAAGUUUUACAAGAAAUUCUUAUGGAUCUGGCUUCUGGUAUAGCCUCCCAUCAGGUAUCACAAUAACCAGAGUAGGGUAUGUUAGCUUCACUGACGAGGGCCUGGCCGCAGACAGUUGAUGAUUGUCAUACUUGACAUGCUAACUCAGACUACUGUGGUCCAGCCUAAACACCACAGACACCCCAAAACCAGAGCAGAGUUUUUGACUAAGGAGAGAUUCAUAGAGUUCAUAAUUGUACACAUUCAUAGACAAACUCACAAAAUGGGAGAAAUGCCCAUGCUGUCUUGUUCAGGAACUGUAGCAAUCAAAUGGAAUGUUUCAUUAAUUUUUCUGAGCUUUUGACUUGGAAAUGGGGUCUCCUGUUGACCCAGCAUGGUCAGGCUACACUUGUACCAACAAAAACACUCACACUGUAAAAUGCAUCACGUGGGCAACUAACAAGCAGAUUUACACAGCUGGUUGGCUGUUUAAUCAUCUGCCAUCUCAUUAGAGUGCAUGUUGAUAUUACUCCUGAGAUGACACUGAAGGAGAAAAUAUGCAAUUUUAAUUAUACGUAAAGCCCUCAAAAUUCUGGGCAUACUAUUAACUGAGCAUUCAGCAUGCUUUAUCAAUAUACAUUCAUUAGGUUUAUGAACUCGGAGACUAUCUCAAUAGCAUGUUAGUGGUUCACAGGCAUAGUCACAGACAGACUCAGAAUCAGUCACUGAUUAACCUGUCAUACAUGAGUUUAGGAUGUGGGAGAAAAAGCAAAGUACCCCAAGAAAACCGAAUGUGCAGACUCUGCAAAGAAGAGUUACCAGACAUGGAGUGUGGUGGCAGAGGUACUAACCAUUUUGUUACCAAAUGUUUGUGUAUUUCAGGUUGACCAAGAGAAGUAAAUAUGUACUGGAAUUAUCAGCUGCAAUAUGGGACUUGUUAGAAUAUUCUAUGAAUGAAGUCAAAAGAAUUGUGGAGACUAUAGCACAGAAACACUGUUUGCAAUCCCAUUACUUAUUAAGAUGCAUCAAUAAAGAGAAUUUCGUUUCAUUUUUAUCAUGUGUGCCAGGCUGCCAGCUUGUCAUGGAGCUGGCGUUCUCUUUUUCUGCAUCUUUUAACACAAUAAACCCAAAAGUCAAAGAGAAUCAGUUAUGACAGUCACGUAUAGUUUCAUUUCAUUGCUAGUGUAGCGGCACAAAGUCCUGUCAGGAUGUCUAGCGCCCCUGAUUGGGAUGGGUGAUGGGAAAACAGAAAUGACCUCUGGGUAGGCUUGGUGUCAGUCAGGCCAAAGGGGCAGCUCUGCCAGCCCUGCACUAUUUCUACACUUUGUGAUCGGUUUGCCUUUGUACCUGAUUUGUACUGUAUAUACAUAUAAUGAAACGCAUGUUGGUGUGUCAGUGUGUUAUGCACUGUUUGAUACAAACAAAAGCACUCGAGUCCUCUCGCGACACUUUCACUUUUGUAUGUCUGAAUGCUGUCAAGUCCGUUUGGUUAUCAACUGGACUCCAAGUGCGCUGCCCUUCCUUCUCUAGCUUCCUUCCCUCACCUGUUCUUGGCUCAGUGCUCAGCAGCAGCAUAUUGAAUGGCUAGGUUUGAUUUUCUUUUUUUUGUGUUCAAUGUAGCAUUUAUCUUUUUGAUUGUUCAUUGCUCCUUUUUUGUUGCCUUUUCUGUGUUAAUUGUGUUCCUCCCUGUUUUGCUCGGAGGGCAAGCAGCCAACAGGUGUGGUGGUCCAUGUGGCAUUUCAGGCUUUGAGUUGAGGAGCCCUGCUAACCCCAUACUUCAUGUCACAUAGGUAAGAAGGACUCCUUUCUUCAUGGAAAGAAUGAUUUUAAAUGGCCAGUUAACUUUGUGCCAUAGUUAGCAAGAAGGAAAUAAUCUUAAUGUUUCUUGAAUGAAAGUCAACAAAGUUUGCUGAUGUGGUUACAGACUAGUCUGAAUCUAUAAAUAAAUAAAAAAUCCAAUCCCCUUAUAACAAGGAGGAAUCAUAAUGAGAAAAGAAUAUUUAACACAAUCUCAUAUGCUAUAGGGUUUGAUUUUUUUCUGUCUCUUCAGUAAGCCCUAGAUGACCUCAAAAAGAGGAUGUGAUCCCUUCAGACUAGCCAGCCUACGAUUUGACUAACACACUGGAGCUACAUUGUCUGACAAAAGGAGCUGUCAUCUUAACUCAUUAUAAGAUAUAAGCAUACAGGAUCCUUCAAGGGAGUCAGACUCAGAACUUUCCCUCACCCUGGCUCAACUUCAAAUUUAGGAAUAAAUUGUCAAGACUUAUUUAAAACUUGGACUGAUAUGAGACACUCUAAAAAAUGAUCAGCCAUGCAGCCAGACUGACACAUACAUAGAUAGAUAGAUAGAUAGAUAGAUAGAUAGAUAGAUAGAUAGAUAGAUAGAUAGAUAGAUAGAUACUUUAUUAAUCCCAAGGGGAAAUUCACAUACUCCAGCAGGAGCAUACUGAUACAAAAAACAAUAUUAAAUUAAAGAAUAAUAAAAAUUCAGGUAAAAACACACAAUAACUUUGAAUAAUGUUAACAUUUACCCCCCCGGGUGGAAUUGAAGAGUCGCAUAGUUUGGGGGAGGAACGAUCUCCUCAGUCUGUCACUUAGAGAAGACUUGCAGAUUAAUUACAGAAGGACAUUUGGACUCCACCUAUUGACCUUACACUCCAAUUUCACCACUGUCAGAUUUUUCAGAAUGACAGUAUAAAGGUGUACUGUAAAGUUACUGUUUGAGUGAGCAGGUGUGAGUGAGUUUUCAUUAAUGCUUUUAUUGUCUUUCUCCUCAAAUAAUUGUACAUUAAUAUAUAAUUAUACAGGGUUCGAUUGCUGAUCACUGUUUAGUUGCCUUUGUAUUACCAAUCUGACCCCAUGGGCAGUCCCACGACUGUCUUUGGUUGCACUGCAUGCUGGAUUCCAUUAGGUUGGUCAUCUCACUCCACUGUAUUUACAGCAGACAGUAAUUUAGACCUGUAGCAGCAUUGCCAUCUACUGGUGUUCUGUGGUAAUGGUAAAUUCCUCCCAGAAUGCCAACAAUUGCUUAAGAGUUUAGAAAGUGAGAGGCACAUGUCAGUCAUUUUUAAGAAGUGCAAUCAGUAGUCAGUACUUGUCAGUCAUUUACUGGUUUUAUCUUUGAGCCCACUGGGAUGUUUCAAUUAUACAGUUUUGCCUAAUUAUUAUCUCCAUUAGCUUUAAUGUACUGUUACACAGUACUGUAAAAAAUAUACUGUAUAGUCCACCCACUAAAAUCAAUUUAGAGUUAGUUAUCCAUGUAGCAAGUGUUUACUUACUAUACAACAUUAGUAAAAAACACAAAGAAGCAUUGAAACAAAAAAAAUCAACAAAAAUAUCUUGUGUUUUUAAAACAAGUGAAUAUUUUUGUGCCCCAUUUUGGAAUGGAAAGCUCAUGUUAUUCACUUUGGUAUACUACUAUAGAAUUUUUUCAAGUCAUCCUGUGGUAAAUGCUUCCAAGCAUCUUGUAGGAUUUCCAUAAUGCUUCUUUUUGUUCCUUUCUUUGUCCAAAUGAUCCCACAGAGAUUAAAUUAUACUGAUUUCAGAGCUCUGGUAAGCAAUCUACUUGUAAUGUGCAUUGCGUUCCAUCUGCAGACUCUGCUCCAAGUGGGUCUUAAUUGUGUUUGCAGUUUGCUUGCAAUCAUUCAAGUUAGUUUCCUCAAAGGUACACCAUGAUAAAUCAGAAUCUGUUUAUAUUUCUCAGCAGAUCCCCUAUACCAUUGACUGAAAUGCAUUCCCAGACCAUGACGGAGCUGCCACUCAGCUUUACAAAAGGAUAUAGAGUCAAAUAUCAAUAUAUUGACAAACUGGCUUCUCUGUAAAUGACAAUUUUAAAAUUUGAACUCAUCGCCCCAUAAGGGGUGUCACUCUAUGUUUAUAGUCUUCACUGUCCUGAAGGCUCUUCUGAUUUUUACCUUUCCACAGAGGUUUCUUAGCUCCAACAAGCUCAUUAAGAACAUUGCCUUUCCUUUAGGACUUCUUGAAUCAUGUAAUGUAUUUUGGUGCGUAACUGAUUGCCAUAUGCUGAACAUUGUUUCCUUCUGUCCCUUAAGAAAGUGACCAUAUGCUGAUAGAAUUUUGGAUAUCCUGCUGCAUUUUAUUACCAUUUUCUUCAAUUUGUUUUAAUCACAGCUUAAACAUCACACCCUGAAAGUCCUGUUUGUGGUGCUCUGUUGUUCCUUGGUAUGCUGUUGACUUUAGCCUUGUUGAUCAGUGGCAUUACAAGGAUGCCAUCCUGGAGUAGACAUUUAGAUGUGUAGAGAGGGAAACUAAAUACCAAAAAACUUUGUUACCGAUUUUUCAUGUGAUGGGUAGAUGACCAUUUUGGGUGGACUCUGCUCAACCGUAGCCAUGUCCGUGUUGUUGAUACAAAAGUAUGAUUUUAUGCCUGCCAAACAUCUCCUUGAGGUGCCAAAGUAUUUUGGCUACCAUCUCAUACACCUACUGCAUUUAUGUGUUAAACCACACCACUAGCACACCUCAUCUCUACCUCAUACAUUUGAAUCAGGUGUGCUUUUGGUAGAACUUAUCAAAUAUCUGCAAUGGCUCAGAGAGGUUUGGAAACCAAUCCCAUGUUACUCUUUACCAUCUGACAAGAUAUCAAUGCAUUUUUGGAAAAUGCAAGAAAGUCUUGUUAGUUGGAGUGUAUCAAUGGUUAUUUGUAUUUAUUCAGAUGUUACAGUGUAUAGUGUUUUCAUGAGCAAAUAAACACUGCCCAGGUACCUUUUGUACCACUAUCGCAUUAAGUGACCUUCAAUUGGUGAGUUGAUGCAGCCUAAUGAAGAAACCUUCAAAGCAUUAAGUGUUAGGUAUUACUGCCUUUUCAAAUAAAAAACAUUAAUGUGUCAAAAUUCUCUUAAUGUGUCAAACAAAUACAAAAUAUCAUGUAAUUUGAAAAGCACCUGAUGUUGUCAUGUCAUUUUCGUCUGUCUGUCUGCACUAAACAGCUUAGCUUAUUAUUUUAAAAUUUUAGCAUGCUUAUUCCUCAAACAUAUUUCUCAGGAAAGUUCAAUUGUGUUGAGAUAUGCCACAUAGAGUGCACUGUACAUAUUUUAAAAAUUUUAAAAACUCCGCAGCUGUCAGUCUUAAAAUACAGAAACAUUCUGUGUGACUUCAGUUAUUGAUUAAUUUAGUGUUUCAACUUUACCUUGAGAGAGGAUAUAUUUCAGCUGGUAUAUGUUGCAAAUGUACCCCUUUUAUUCAUCUGAUAGCUGCUCUUGAUCUUAUUUGUGAGAGAAUUGUAUGUGCAGUGAUGGUGGCAACUUGACCAAACCUCUGUCACACCAUCCCACUUCUCCUUUUUUGGAUAUUAUUAUUUUACAUAUGCUAGAGAGAGGACAGCCUCUUCAAAUACCUAAAUGUUCAUCCCAUGUUUUGUCAAAACACAAAAUGUAACUUAUAUUUGUUGUCAUAAUAAUUAGAGCAAUGGUUCAAAAUUAUAUGAAUUUACUAUGAAGCACAUACCAAAUGAACAGAGUCUUUUGUUUUCAGUCUAAUCACAGAUAACUCAGAGAUCCUUAGAGAACUGACCUUUAUAUGGUCACGUCAAUGAAAAAACGCAUUAUGCUGCCCGAACAGAAUUACAUUCUAUUAUCAGUAUUAUUUUUGGACGUGUCUCAUCGCUACAAAAAUAUUUUAAUAACCAAAAAUAUCACAACUGUUUUUUUGAAGUAUAUUAAACACACUUGAACCUCCAUGGCACUUGGAGUGUGCGAAUCUGUGGCAGUCAACAAACAGGAAGGGGUGGUUGCUAUAUCCUGUUGGGGUGAUGUAGUGGUCUCCCAUGUAGUGAGUUCUUUUCUGUGGAGAAAACAAAAAGUGUGUGUGAACAAAGUUUUACAGAGCAAAGUUCUUUCUAUUCCAACACAAAGAAAACUCCACGAAAAUGUUUUAGUGAGUUUCGCAUUUCAUAAUUGCUAAAUAGACUGAAAAUGAAUUUUAGUUCAGUUUCGCAAAAUUAGGUUAGAAUCGAAACUUGCCUGCUUCACUCAUCACUAGAAAUUUCCCAAUCAGUGAGUCAUUUCAUGUACAAUACGCACAUCAGACGAAACUGGUAGAUGUGUACAUUUAGACAAAUUGCGCCCUUAACUCCAGCCUGAGGGAAAAAUUGCAUACUGUUCAUCAAAUAAUAGUGAGAACUUUGCCAACUAAUAAUUUCAAUUGUUUGUUGCCAUAUGGUUAUAACAGAUUGAUGGAAACAAGGAAGAUGGACAGAGGAAGAGUUGUGUGGUAUAGCCUGGAAUGGCAGGAGAAGAUAUGUGAGAAUUAGAUUUAGCAGCUAAACAUCCCAUAGAAAUUCAACUGUGAACAUUUGUGCACUUGUUUUCUGAACUUGGUUUGUCAGCUACAGGAUGGUGAGGAGUCAAAGUGUAUCCUGACAGAAUUAGACACAUGGCUGGACAGAACCUUGGAUGUCUAAAGUACACACAUGCACAUACUGAUGCUAGGGCCAUCUAUUGUCUCCACUUAGUCAGUCCUGUGGACCUUUAGGAUUAAUGUGAGGUAUCCACAGAAUGCCCAUAAAGACAAGAAAAGAAUAUGAAAACUCCACAUACAUGAAGUGAUCAGGCUGAUAAUCACAUCCACAUCCUUGGAGGCAGUAUUACUAACCACUGCACCACUCCUUAAAAAAACAGAAAAAAUAACAAGUUUAUCAGAAAAGCACUCUAGUUUAUAUGUGUAUUUUAACCAAUAAUUUCAUACCAGAAAAAAAAUUUUAAAAAAAAACUGCAGUGAGAGAAAUUCCCGUAAGCCUUUGCACGAUCUACCACCUCAAUGAUUCUGAAAUAGUGCAGCCCAAUAUGCAUUCGUCCUGUCUGGUAUGUUGUGAGCACCUUGUGAGGAGGAGGUGUGUAUAUGUAGUAGAGAGGAAAGAAACUGACCAGGAUAUGGAAGGCAUAAAAGGAAAUGUAAAAAUCAUACAGGCUGGGGUCAGAUUACCAAAAGAAACUAUUCAAAUGAAACGUCAAAGCUGGAACACUGAACCAGACAUUGUAGUCAAAAUAUCAAAGCAAAUGUCCUCAAGCUAACUUAUAUCAUUUGCCUUUAACUAACACUAAUUAAACAAUGGAGCUUCAGAAGUAAUCCAAAAGCUUGGAUACAAGAACCUAUGCACUGCCAUCUUUUAUAGUGAGGACUUGAGGACACAAUAUGCCACAUGACUGGGAAUGGUCAUAGCAAACAUACAUUAUAUGGUUUCUGCCAUGCAAAUACUGUCACAAAAUGGUGGUGACCAUCCAAAUAAAGACACAAUUGGCACUUCCAAUGUUAUGAUUAAAGCUAUCAACAACCCUAAAAGCAAAUGUAAAUGAUGCUAAAUGACACAGAAUGUAUCAGAGGAUAUCACCCUUCAGAUACUUU